CUCAAAAGCACGACUUGACCCGGUGCACCUCGCCUUCCACUUCUCUAAAUUCUCACGGACCUACUUGACUCGACGCUUCCCAAGACCAGAAGUCUGCCACAGCGUCUUUCAAUACGCCUAUCUACUGCAGUAAGACAAUCCGCUUCUCCUCUCGAAUUUUGCUGUUCCUCCACCAAUUUCUGCUCCAUCUCGUUGUGCGACAACACAGGCAGGACGAGACUCUCCGGCGCGUUGACACGCGCGCAAUUUCUGACUUCCAUCGCAGCCUGGAACUCUAGCAUUUCCGAACAUCGACACUUCAAACUCGGCCCUUCCAGUUUUCAUUGACGAAAUUUCUUUGCGACUAGACUUCUGCCUAGCAUCUCCAACUCCCAAGUCAUCAACAUGGCGGACAACGCUGAGAACGGAAGUGGAAACGCUGGCUCCGAUGCCGCCGCCCCCGCCGUCGAGCACCUUAAUAUCAAGGUGACGGAUAACAACAACGAGGUCUUUUUCAAGAUCAAGCGCAGCACCAAGCUCGAGAAGCUCAUGACGGCGUUCUGCGAGCGUCAGGGCAAGACGCUGGCUUCGGUUAGGUUCCUCUUCGAGGGUCAGCGCGUACAGCCCACGGACACCCCGGACACUCUCGAGAUGCAGGACGGUGAUUGCCUGGAAGUUCACCAAGAGCAGGUCGGCGGCUGGUAGAUAAAAGGCGAUCCUAUACUACAACUACAAGGAGAUGGGAGAAAGAAAAAGGCAACAAAAAAAAAUACAAAAAAGACAAAAUUACAACCGGCCAUAUGCAUAGUAGCAAGCGGAACGACAACCGGCGACUUGAUCACCAGAAGAUAGCUCGCGAGUGGUAUCCGAUUCUAUAACAGGACAGGGACUGGGUGGGAGUUUCGGAAUGUGACAGCAGGAUUGGACACGGGGUUACGGAGAACAUCACAGCUUUUGCCAUUGUCACUGGACGCACGCACUUUUUCUACUUUUGUUCCUAUUCGCCGCAUAGGUGAUGCCUAGGAGAACCGGAGUUCGGAGGGUGCUAUCAUUGGGGUCAUAGGGCGGAGGGGUAUCGAGGAACAUUGAUUUGAUUCUAUUUAUACCAUACUUUGACGGGACGCCAACUGGCUUUGCCGGCAUCUUAUCUUCUGUUUGAAGCGUAAACACGGCAUCUUUCCAAAUGGCCUUCUGCCCCCUUUCUUCCCCC